CUGAUUAUGUAUAUUGGAUUUAUUAUGUUUGGUAAAAUUGUUCUGCUGAAUAUGUUCGUGAUGUUGGUAAUGUCAGAAUUCGAAGCCCUCCGAAGUGAUCCAAAAAAUCAAUCAAACGAUUACGAGGCUCUUGAUCAUUUGGGCUCGAAGGCAUUGAAAAUUUUCAAACGAUACAGACGUCACCACUUACCAAAUAUCGGCUUUCCGGAUGCGCAGCAUACAUCACUGGCUUGUGAUCAACUUGAGGCGAAGAUGGAGCUGUUAGGACGUUCACUGAACACACUCUGUUGGAAUCUUCAAUGGACGUACGAUGUGAAACGACGUGCUGCGAAAAAAAUUGCAUGA